UAGAUAGUAUAAUCAUUGGGCCUUUUUGUAAUCUGCGGUAUGUUGCCACUAAGGUCACAUUUUAGGGGAUUAUGUAGUGUUUCCUCAACCCCCAGUUUCAGACAGAUUCAUCGUUACAAGUUGAGAACAUUUUUGUUAUUUACAAUCUGCACCACAUCUGCACCGCAUACCUCAGUGAAAGAGAGAGACUCUCUUUCUUGUUUUCCAUUUUAAAGAUGUGACUCCUAUCUGCAGGGAAGAUACAAGGGUCAGAGAGACGCCUGGGUUCCAGGGCGAGGUGGAAAUGACCAAAGGCAAAGACAUGUGAGGGUGGUAACAACAUGUGCAGUUCAGAGAUAAGAAUACGAAGGAGCAUGUGAAGAUGUCCCUCAAGGCUGCGAAAACAUGGUCCAUCAGGCUGAUAUCUGCGGUCCUGUUCUUCAUAUCCUUCUAUUACUCCCAUGUCUUUCUUCAAAGCUAUUCAGCAACCAGCAAGUCUCCACCCCCCAGCAAAACAGUGUGUGACAGAUGGGUAACGUCAAAGAAGUGGGAGAACCUCAGCUUUAAUGUCACAAGGAAUACACGGCUGUUCUUGAGACUGGAAGAUUUCUUUUGGAAAGACUGUCCGUCAACUUUGCCAUUACCGUAUGGUAUUAAGGGCAGCGAGCUUUACCUUUUGAAGGUUUUAGCCAUCAUGACCAGCUAUGAAAUGCCAGCCAGCAUUGAGAACUUGAGCUGCAGAACCUGCGUAGUCAUUGGCAAUGGGUUUGGCAUCAAGAACAGCUCCUUAGGGGGCACUAUCAACAAGUAUGAUGUGGUGAUCAGGUUGAAUGAUGCCCCUAUAAGGGGCUACGAGGAGGAUGUGGGCAACAAGACCACCAUGCGCUUCUUCUACCCAGAAUCUGCAUCCUACAAUCCCACUAUCCACAAUGACCCAGAUACUAUCAUGGUGCUGGUGCCCUUCAAGCAGCAAGACCUGCGCUGGCUGAAGGAGAUUUUAUAUGACGAGAAAAGGGUAAGGAAGGGCUUCUGGAAACCCCCACCUCAGAUAUGGCUCGGUAAAGCCAGCCACAUCCGUAUCCUGGAUCCUUUCUUCCUGCGCCAGACGGCCAGCCGUCUGCUUAAAAUUCCCCUCAAUUUGCCACCAAAGAGCAACCAGAAUCCUGUACACCCCACCACAGGGAUUCUGGCUAUAUAUGUUGCCUUGAACUACUGCGAUGUAGUGCACAUCGCUGGAUUCGGGUACCCAGAGACAAAAAACCAGAAGCACCCAAUUCACUACUACGGAUAUGACACUAUGAAAUCCAUGAAGGAUUCCUACCAUGACCUCAACCAUGAGGCAGAGGCUCUGAAGUGGCUGGAGGAUUCUGGUGCCAUCCUGUAUCUGCAUCCCCAUUCUUGACCCGUGUCCCCCCACUGCCCGCUGACCCCUCAGUCAGGCACACGCUGUGCAGGACUCCUUCCCUUCCCAUAGAAAAACACAAGAAGAGGAAAAGGGGUCACAAGUCGUAUGCAGACGCUUUGCCUGUGAGGCAGAUACACAUUUUUUUUUAUUUGAAUAUCUUCAGACUCCUUGAUUCCUAUUUCCACUGGAAGUUUUAUAGAGUGAAGAGUUUUAUCAGAAUGACGUGUGACCAUUGUGAUGUAAAGCAAACUGGACAUGGAUGUCCUGUCUUCAUUUGGGUUUUUCUGACUGGAUUUUUGGUAAUGUCUUUUUUUCUUUUUCACCAUGCGGUACUUUUAAAUGUGUAUGGGAUACCUGGAGCAAGUCACCUGUAGGUUACAUAGGGACAUUCUGGGUGUGCUUCAGUGCAGUGACAAUUUAUGAUACCCAGAAAUAAGCCUUUAGCAGACCACACAGGUUUGUCAUUAACUGGAGUGCAUGAGACAAGAGCAGUCAUUGUUCUUCAGUGACCUGCGCAGAAGAUACUGGAGACUGUUCUCUGCUUCUGAACUGUAGAGUGGAUCUGGGUGGGUUUCACUGGCUUAUGCAGGCAACAAAAAAAAAAAAACUUACAAUUCAGGAUGCUUCAGGUGUGUGAGAUUUUACAUGUGAGUGUGUCCUCUGAAGGCACAUCCCUUCUGUCAGAGAGCGGUGCCCACAAGCUUGAUCCCAGAUGUGGCCAGAAGAGGGCGUCUGUGGAUGCACAGUGGAUCUGUCUGGAGAGGCUAAGGGAAAGUUUCACAAAAAAGUAUGUGUGGAGAUAAACAAGCAGUGGGAGCAAGUAACAGUGCACAGACUCUGCAUAGCUUCAACGUGACUGUGAUAUGUACAAUACUACAUACAGAUCAGAACAGUCCACGUCAUAAACAUCUGCUGGUGUUUUGCAGUGCUGUGACUGAGGGAAAGUCUCCAAACAGGAGGCUUAUUAAAAUUCCUGUUCUCUUGUUUGAAACAAAUAAAUUCAUUAUGUGCAGUAUUCAUAAUGUACAUAAUAGUUGUAAUAUAGGUAAGCUUACCUUAAAUUGAAGGAGGUCUGAGGGGGGUGGGUUGGCACUCGUUUUUUUUCAAUGCAAGGGUUAUCUUGCCAUUUGCAAGCUUCAUGUGAGUUUCAUGUCAUGUCUUUCUACGUCGUAUCAUUUAAUGUAAGGUGAGAAAGGAGUCAUUGUAUAGGUCUGAAUGCUGAAAGUGUGUUAUUAUGAUUUAUAAAAAAAGAAUGAAAGGGAGAGCUUAAAAACCAAACAAAGUACUAGAAGCUGGAGAUCACAUUCAGCAUCACUUGAAUCUUGCAAAUUUAGGUCUGUAUAUGUGGAUUUUUUUCAGCCAAAUUUGCAUAAUGCAAAGGCCAACAAGGGGUAGGACAGCCACCCACACACACACACACACACACACACACACACACACACACACACACACAAACACACACACACAAAACAAACACAUUUUAAAAAAUAACCAUACAAGCAACCUUACCUCAUGCCUGUGCCAUUCACAUGCAGGUUGUGUUCACUUGAACUAUGUAUCUUUUACACAAUAGCAUUUAGGUGUAUGGUAUAUAAUCUAUUGAGUGCUGUUGACAUACAAAUCAAUUUUUGUAAAUGGGAGCUGCUCACCAUGGUGUGUUUCAUUAUUAUUUUGUCUAUGAAGGGAAUAGGCAACUGUGCGUUCAGUGUUGAAAAACAAGACCUUGCACUUUUGUGUGUAAUCAUUGUACAGAGGUGUUCUGUAUCCUGGUUUUUUCCUAUCUGUGUGCAGAUUCUGUGGUUCUUCAUUAAUGGGCCAAACAAAAGCCUUCAGUAACUAAGGCAAAGGUGUCAAAAACAAGGGUAUAACUUUAAGACUGGUGAUGUCUACAAUAACAAGACAGAUGAUUUUUGUCUAUCAAUGUCAGAUGGGUCCAUAAUAUGAUUUUUUUUCUAUCAAGUCAAUAUGUCAGAUGGGUCCAUAACCAUUCUAGGGCAUUCCAUUCUUUUCAGUGUGGAAACUUGCAUUUUUUGUUUUCAGUUGUUUUAAGUCGGUUGUAUGUGUGGAAAUGUCAGAUCUGGACCAUGCAGUAAUGAAUUUCUUUGAAAUUUGUUUGCUUGCUUGAAGAAAAUAAAAUACCUUUAUAAUACCAAGAUUCAAUGCAACAUCUAAGGGCAUUUAACAUGUAGAUGAGC